UCUGUCAGUCCAGGACUCCUGAAUUGGAGGGUGUCACACUUCUAGGAAAGGGUGGUGGACCAAGGGUUAAACCUGCAGAGACGUGCAGAGAGGCAAAGCGUGCAGGGCUAGACGCGGAUAGACGGCCACGCCACUAUCCACAGUAGGAUGGAGAACGCACACGCCAAGAGCUCGGCGGAGUGCCUGGCCCACUUUGGGGUGAAUGAGAACACAGGCCUCACCAUUGACCAGUUCAAGAAGAAUCUCACCAAGUUCGGCUACAAUGAGCUGCCUGCUGAGGAGGGUAAGACCAUCUGGGAGCUGGUCGUCGAGCAGUUUGAGGACUUGCUGGUCAGGAUUCUGCUUCUGGCUGCCUGCAUCUCUUUUGUGCUGGCCUGGUUUGAGGAAGGCGAGGAGACCGUCACCGCCUUCGUGGAACCCUUCGUCAUCCUUCUCAUCCUCAUCGCCAACGCUGUUGUUGGCGUGUGGCAGGAGCGUAACGCCGAGAGCGCCAUCGAGGCUCUGAAGGAGUACGAGCCUGAGAUGGGCAAAGUUUACCGUGCUGACAGAAAGAGCGUGCAGAGGAUCAAGGCCAGAGAGAUUGUCCCCGGAGACGUUGUGGAGGUGUCUGUUGGUGACAAAGUUCCCGCUGACAUCAGGCUUGUUUCCAUCAAGUCCACCACCCUCCGUGUUGACCAGUCCAUCCUUACUGGUGAGUCUGUCAGUGUCAUCAAGCACACCGAUGCUGUCCCUGACCCCAGAGCCGUCAACCAGGACAAGAAGAACAUGCUGUUCUCUGGUACCAACAUCGCUGCUGGCAAAGCCGUCGGUAUUGCUGUAGCCACUGGCGUCGGCACUGAGAUCGGUAAAAUCCGUGACCAGAUGGCCGCCACUGAGCAGGAGAAGACUCCUCUCCAGGCCAAGCUGGACGAGUUCGGCGAGCAGCUGUCCAAGGUCAUCACCCUCAUUUGCGUCGCUGUCUGGGCCAUCAACAUCGGACACUUCAACGACCCCGUCCAUGGCGGAUCCUGGAUCCGUGGCGCUGUCUACUAUUUCAAGAUUGCCGUGGCCCUGGCUGUGGCUGCCAUCCCCGAGGGUCUUCCCGCUGUCAUCACCACCUGUCUGGCCCUGGGCACCCGCCGUAUGGCCAAGAAGAACGCCAUUGUCAGAAGCUUGCCCUCUGUGGAGACCCUAGGUUGCACCUCCGUCAUCUGCUCCGACAAGACCGGCACCCUCACCACCAACCAGAUGUGUGUGACCAAGAUGUUUAUCAUCAAGCAUGCCGAAGGCGACCACGUUGACCUUGAUGCCUUCGAUAUCUCCGGAUCCAAGUACACCCCUGAAGGCGAGGUCUCCCAGGGAGGCGCCAAGACCAACUGCAGCACCUACGAUGGCCUUGUUGAGCUUGCCACCAUCUGCGCCCUCUGCAACGACUCCUCUCUGGACUACAACGAGUCUAAGAAGAUCUACGAGAAGGUGGGUGAGGCCACCGAGACCGCCCUGUGCUGCCUGGUUGAGAAGAUGAACGUGUUCAACUCCAGCGUGAAGAACCUGUCCAAGAUCGAGAGAGCCAACGCCUGCUGCUCAGUCAUCAAGCAGCUGAUGAAGAAGAACUUCACCCUGGAGUUCUCCCGUGACAGGAAGUCCAUGUCUGUGUACUGCACCCCCGCCAAGGGAGACGGUGGCGCUAAGAUGUUUGUGAAGGGUGCCCCCGAGGGUGUGAUUGACAGGUGUGCCUACGUCCGCGUUGGCACCACCCGCGUGCCCCUGACCAAUGCCAUCAAGGAUAAGAUCUUGUCCGUGAUCAAGGACUGGGGUACCGGCCGCGACACCCUGCGUUGCCUGGCCCUGGCCACCCGUGACAGCCCCCUUAAGCCUGCAGAGAUGAACCUUGAAGACUCCACCAAGUUCGUUGACUACGAGACUGACAUGACCUUCGUUGGCUGCGUGGGUAUGCUGGAUCCCCCCCGCAAGGAGGUCUCUGGCUCCAUCGAGCUGUGCAGAGAUGCUGGAAUCCGCGUCAUCAUGAUCACUGGCGACAACAAGGGAACCGCCAUCGCUAUCUGCCGUCGUAUUGGCAUCUUCACUGAGGAUGAGGACGUGACUGGCAAGGCCUACACUGGCCGCGAGUUCGAUGACCUGCCCGCCCACGAGCAGCCCGAGGCUGUGCGCAGAGCCCACUGCUUCGCCCGCGUGGAGCCUUCCCACAAGUCCAAGAUCGUUGAGUUCCUGCAGGGUUGUGACGACAUCACCGCCAUGACCGGAGAUGGUGUGAAUGAUGCCCCCGCCCUGAAGAAGGCCGAGAUUGGCAUCGCCAUGGGCUCUGGCACUGCCGUUGCCAAGUCUGCCUCUGAAAUGGUCCUGGCUGACGACAACUUCUCCUCCAUUGUGGCUGCGGUUGAGGAAGGCAGAGCCAUCUACAACAACAUGAAGCAGUUCAUCCGUUACCUGAUCUCCUCAAAUGUCGGUGAGGUCGUCUGUAUCUUCCUGACCGCUGCCCUGGGUCUGCCCGAGGCUCUGAUCCCUGUCCAGCUGCUGUGGGUCAACCUGGUCACUGACGGUCUGCCCGCCACUGCCCUGGGCUUCAACCCCCCUGACUUGGACAUCAUGGGCAGGGCCCCCCGCUCCCCCAAGGAGCCCCUCAUCUCUGGCUGGCUCUUCUUCAGAUACAUGGCUAUUGGUGGAUACGUCGGUGCUGCUACAGUCGGUGCUGCCGCCUGGUGGUUCCUCUACGAUUCCACAGGACCCGGUGUCACUUACCAUCAGCUGUCCCACUUCAUGAAGUGCCACGAUGAGAACGAGGACUUCACUGGAAUCGACUGUGAGAUCUUUGAGGCUUCCCCACCCAUGACCAUGGCCCUGUCCGUACUGGUCACCAUUGAGAUGUGCAACGCCCUCAACAGCUUGUCUGAGAAUCAGUCUCUGGUUCGCAUGCCCCCCUGGAGCAACAUGUGGCUGCUGUCCGCCAUGACCCUGUCCAUGUCCCUCCACUUCAUCAUCAUCUAUGUCGACCCUCUGCCCAUGAUCUUCAAGCUGACUCACCUCUCCUUUGAGCAAUGGAUGAUGGUCCUGAAGCUCUCCUUCCCCGUCAUCUUGAUUGAUGAGGUUCUCAAGUUCGUAGCCCGCAACUACAUCGAGUAUUAAAUCCACCUUCCACCAUUAGCCUGUAACUAAAGCAAGGUACAGAAUGCAAAUAGAGACGUAGAGGAACAAGAUCUUAAGAGUUGGGGAGACAGAAGAGGAGAUGAAGAAGAUCACAACCAAUGAAGGGAGCUCUAGUGAGCCAACCAGUAGUAAAGAGAGGAGAAAAUAAAGGAAAACCCAUAAAAAAAACCAAUAAAACGAGUCAAAAAUCGACAUAAAAACUAACCGUAUGAGGAAGGAGAUUUGAUAGAGAUGGAAGGAAUUGUCCUUCCCAAUAAAAUAUUCAGAUAUUUAAGAUUUUAUUCUAAGAAAUAAAGUAUGUAUUAAAAGUGGUUUUUUGUUAAACUUG